UCAGUUUGGCGAGACGGGUGCGAUGGCCACAUGGGAGUUUUGGGCUGGCAGCGCGGCGUGCAUCCUGCUGUUCCCGGUGCUGCGGUGGUUCUUCUCGCCCGUGACUGUCGCCAAGCACUUCCUCAAGACAUACGAUCCUAAGAAACAGUGGAUGUAUCGUGAUGCGUCCGUCUCUCCGCCACGGCAGGCGGCGUUUCCGUCGUUAAAAUCGUCGCCGACAUGCUAUUUAACAGUUGUCGUACCGGCUUACAACGAAGCGGAACGGAUUCUGCCGAUGUUGCAUGCCACGCUUGAGUACUUGGAAAUGCGUCGCACUGGUGAUGCCCGGUUCACGUACGAGAUCAUCGUUGUUGACGAUUGCAGCACGGACAGCACCGUCGAGGUCGUGGAGCGUGAAGUGGACCGUCUGGCUUCGACGUCGACCUCGUCCGUUCUAAAACUGCUCCGCCUGACUGUGAACCGCGGGAAGGGUGGCGCUGUUCGCAGCGGCGUGUUGCGCGCGGCCGGUGAGCUCAUACUUAUGGUGGACGCCGACAACGCGACGGAAAUUGGUGAUUUUGACAAACUCGAGGCAUUUUGGACCAAGGACUCGUACCCGAAUGGGUUGAUUGUGUGCGGGAGCCGAGCGCAUCUGCAGAACGAGGCCAUGGCGAAGCGCCACCCGCUGCGCAACGUUCUCAUGCAUGGCUUCCACUUGAUUGUGUCGACUCUGUGUGUACAGCAGGUGCAGGACACUCAAUGUGGCUUCAAGCUCUUCGAUCGCAAAGCCGCGCAGCUCGUGUUCCCGCCACUGCACAUUGAGCGUUGGGGAUUCGACGUGGAGAUGUUGUACUUGGCGUUCCAGCGCAAGAUCGCCGUCCAUGAAGUCGCGGUGCACUGGCAGGAGAUUCCUGGCUCCAAGCUCGACGUGGUGACUGCGACGUUCAGCAUGUUGCGUGAGAUGCUGCUCAUCCCAUGCUGCUACAAGCUCGGGAUCUGGCGCGUGGACGAUGGAGCUUUGCGGCUGGCUUAGAUCGAUGUAGUUGGAGAGGACUCGAUUGCGAAGAAGUCGAGAACGUUGUUGAAACAGUCCCAUGACUUCGUUGAUACAUUUCGACGACACCA